AUGGGUUCAGUUUACGAUGGAGCCACUGGCUCACAAUCCUCACCAUUAGACCUUGUUGUGUUGGGCCUCAACUCUGGCACGUCCAUGGAUGGAAUCGACUGUGCCUUGUGUCGGUUCAGACAAGCAACCCCCGAUGCGCCGAUGCAUUUUGAGCUGCUCAAGUAUGAUGAAGUGCCUCUGGAGCCGACCAUUAAAAAACGCGUCAUGGCAAUGAUCCUUCACAACACGACAUCGCCAGAAGAGCUUUCGGAAGUCAACGUCAUUUUAGGCAAGGAGUUUGCGCAGGCUGUCAAAAUCUUCUCCCAGAGACACAAUGUUCCACUCUCCUCAAUCGAUGUCAUUGGGUCGCAUGGCCAAACCAUCUGGUUUGCAAGUAUGCCGGAAGAGGGAAAUGUCACGUCUGCUCUUACCAUGGCCGAAGGAUGCUUCCUGGCGUCCAUGACGGGCAUCACGACAGUGACAGACUUCCGCGUCUCGGACCAAGCCGCCGGGCGUCAGGGAGCGCCUCUCAUUGCCUUUUUCGACUCGCUCGUCUUGCAUCACCCGACCAAACUUCGCGCUUGCCAGAACAUUGGCGGCAUUGCCAACGUCUGCUUCAUCCCGCCGGACAGGGACGGCAAGCUCAACCCCGAGUUUUUCGACUUUGACACGGGGCCGGGCAACGUCUUCAUCGACGCUGCCGUCCGAUACUUUACAGACGGCCAGCAAGAGUACGACCAGAACGGCCGCAUGGGCAAGGCUGGCACCGUCGACGAGGAAAUGGUGGACAAGUUCCUCUCGUCUUUUGCGUACUUUUCCCUCGACCCUCCCAAAACAACGGGCCGCGAGACCUUUCGUGACACGAUUGCUCACGACUUGAUUGAACAAGGUCUUGAGAAGGGGCUUUCCGCCAAUGACGUCGUCGCCACCAUCACUAGGAUCACUGCCAAAGCCAUUGUUGAACACUACAAGCGCUACAUGCCGACCGGCUACGGCCCGCUCUGUGAGAUAUACAUGUGUGGCGGAGGUGCCAAGAACCCCAAUAUUACAGACUACUUGCAGGCUGCGUUUCCUGCAGCGAAGGUCAUGAUGCUAGACGAGGCGGGCAUUCCUGCCGAUGCCAAAGAAGCCAUCACGUUUGCUUGGCAGGGAAUGGAGGCCAUUGUUGGACGCAGCAUCCCCGUGCCUGACAGGGUAGCCACCAGACAGCCGUAUGUGCUGGGCAAAAUCAGCCCGGGGAAGAACUACAGACGAGUGAUGAAAAGGGGCAUGGAUUUUGGGGCUGGGCAAGACGAGCUGGAGCCUGUCACGGAGUUGGUACAUUACGUGGAUGGGAAAGUCUUUAGCAAUAAAUGA